GUCUCGAGCUCAUCGCAAAGGCUCAGCGCAUGCAGCACGCGUGCAGUUGCCGCUAUCUUUGAGUUGCUGAGUGAGCCGUGAGUGGUUUUGCAGCGAGUUUAUUUGCGGCGAGCGAGCCACACAAGUGCUGCACAGCACCCACUCGCCUAGGCUGUCGACAACCAGCCGCAGCAAUUGAUACAUUUCGUGUGCACGCUGCUAGGUCGAGUGGCCGGUGCGUCGAUGCGCCUCGGCCUGCGUCGAUUGCUCACGACCAUGUCAGCGAUGGAGAAUAAAGCCCCGUCGAUGCUGGCGUCGCCGAAGACGCAGGACCCGUUGUUUCGGCGCAUCGAGGACGUUCACCACUCGCUCAACAAGCCGUACGGCCGCAUCCUCGACGCGGGCACGGGCGGCCAUUCGCUCAAAUGGCUCGUCACGCUCCCGAACGACGCCGUGGACUGCAUCACGGCGGUCACCGCGGACGCGACGAGCGGCGAGGGCAAGGGCGCGUCCGACAAGCAGGCCCUCCUGGACACGAGCCGCGGCGACGCGCUCGUCGAGGGCUCCUGGUGCUCGGGCAACGCCCCGGAGGGCGCCGCCUUCGACACAAUCUUGUGCGACUACCUCAUCGGGUCCAUGGACGGCUUCACGCCCUUCAUGCAGGACACGAUCCUCGGCGAGCUCAAGGCGCGCUGCGCGCCGGGGGCGUUACUCCACGUCGUGGGCCUCACGCCGAUCUACGCCCAGCUCGGGUCGGCGCAGUACAAGAGCCUGCCGGCGGCCGAGAAGGUCGUCGUGGACACGGCGCGGCUCCGCGACGCGUGCAUAUUGUUGGCGGCGCACCGGCCCUACCGCGAGUUCCCGGCGAGCUGGAUCAUCCGCCAGCUCGAGAGGAGCGGCUUCGAGGUGCUGACGCCCUGGAAGUCCUACGGCGUCAUCUGGAAGCACGCCACCAUAAAAAGGCAGCUGGACGUCGCGCGGCGGAAGCUGCCCCACUUCGCGGAUCAGAGCGUGGCGGCGGCGAUGCGGGGCCAGAUCGACGCGUUGGACGCCUCGGCGAAGAAGCUCCUCGGCGACACGGGCGUGACGUACGGCGCGGACUACGUCAUCUCGGCGCGGCUGCCGUCGUCGGCGGGCGAGUAAGUUAAAGUAUUAAUGCGCC